AUGGCUUCGGUCGCACCUUCACCUGUACCGGCCGCAUCUACAUCUGCGCCGACGCCGCAUCAACGCGAAGCGAACCGGAUCCGGUUCGAGACGGAGCUCGAGUUCGUUCAGUGCCUAGCCAAUCCGUUCUACCUCCAGUCACUCGCGCAGCAAGGCCUGCUCGACUCUGAGCCCUUCCUCAACUACCUCACCUACCUCCUCUACUUCCGCCAGCCCUCCUACGCCCGCUUCCUCCAGUACCCUCAGUCCCUGCACCACCUCGCCCUCCUCACGGCGCCCGGCACACCGGGCGAGUCGUUCCGCCGCGCGCUCAAGGAGGACGGCCUGCUCGCGCAAGACCUGGCGGGCGCGCAGAUUGCGCAUUGGGCGGGCUGGAGGGAGAGGGACAGGGAGAGGGUGCGGGAGGGGCAGGGCGAGGGCGGGCAGGCGUUGGCCAGGAUAGGCGGUGCGGCCGAGGGCGCAGGGGGCGCGAACGGGGCGAUGAACGGCGUCGAUAGGGCGGUGGGAGCUGCUGCUGCGACAUGAUGCAGUACUGCGUGCACUG